AUAUCCACCUUUAUUUUUGGAACCAGGAACCAAACAUAUCCACCUCGAACAACGGGGAAGCGCCCUGGCGACUGGUCUGAGCUCUAGCACUCCACCGCCGCCCAUGGCCAAUCGGGGAGCACCACGACCACCACCCCUCCCCGUUAACUCCCCUGCAGACAGUUUCUCUGAUCCAUAUCCCCUUCUCCCUCUACUCCACUCUCCCGACCUCAUCCUUCCCCUCCUCACACGCUUCCGGAAAGCGAGCGCCGUCCGUCACUUGCGGUUCCGGAUCGAGGAAACAACGCCCGUCCUCUGCUGACAGUCCGGUAGCCCGCUGGCGACGCUCCGCCAUUCUUCUGAAAUGAGAUGUCUCGGAGUAGCUGUUCAGUCAGGCCACUGUGUCCAUGUGCCUGGUCAUCCGCUGACACUCUGCCGCGCACUUCGGUACCACAACUUCCACUGGAUGCCCAAGUACACCAUCUACCUUCAUGAUCGUCAAUUUGGCAUGGAGGACUAUGUGGCCGAGGUGCUGAUCCAUGCAAGAGAAGCGGACAACGACAACGGCCCCUACUGUUUCCUGGGUCACGGCACAAACAAGGAGAUGGCCAUCCAACAAGCUGCUCAUGUUGCCAUGGCACGUCUUCGCCAUGACCUUCCUGAAAUGGCAGAAGGGCCAUUAAAGUUUAUGCCGGCCCUUUCUUCCAGUGGCGAGGUUUUCUACCCCAACAACUUCAGCCCGAAGGACAGUCCCUCUACCGUGGCCAUGGUCCAGGCGAUGCACUCUAAGGAUCGGGAAUGUCAUGCAUACCUGUACGAGUUAUGCGAGGCUCGUCGCGCCCUCAAAGCUGUCAAGACCUUGGCGUCUCUGUAUGGCCUUCACUCCCCGGACGUGGGGCAUGAGGACCUCCUCAAUGGUGCUGGAGUUGCCUCAACUUCGAGAUUUCGCAUUCCUUCCAUUGACAGAGAAGUGCCAGAUGUCGCGCGCCUAGCGGGCCAGCAUCGGGGUGUCCCUGUUCAACCAUGCAACCAGGGAUGUCCUAGAUCUCCAGAUCACUGGGGGCCAUCUCAUGGCUACUAGCAGAGUAUGCUCUACUAAGGAGUAGGAGUAGUAGAUGUGGACUCGGAGAUAUAUCUUAGCUUGUGAGCUGCGAACCUAUAUGAGUAUGAAGUAAUCCGGGGUACUGUAGUGAGUUUGCUUAAGUAGAUAGGGCUGGUGCAAGGGGGUUUUCGUCCCAUAGUCUGGCUUCCAGAAUGCGGCUGGACAGUGGGUUUCCCCCUAGUUCGGAAAAAUGGGGUAACCCGUUCGAAAAAUAAAAUCUGGGGUACGAGAAUCUGUAUAAAUAUGAUGUAAUAGGCUGGUGAUCUAGAGUGUGAUCUGAACCUAUGUGAAUCUCUAUUUUUAGAGUGGAGUUGAUGUUUGUACGUCAUCAA